AUGUCUCAGCACAGCUCGCUAGGCUGGUCAGAAUGGGAGGAGGAUAAUCUUCUCCCUUGGCUGCAUGCAAACCGAGCUCUGUCUUGGGACGCUCGUGCUGCCGCUUAUAAUGAGCAAUAUGGGACUAGCCGAACAGUCGAAUCACUACGGGGGAAGAAAUAUCACAUUCUUCGAAAACGCCGUCUCAACCGUGCCAAGGUAUCUAGGCAGCGCUCAAUUCCAAAACGUCAGAAACGUAUUCGACGGCUUGGGGGUGCCAGGAAGAAAUUCCCAGCGUUCACAGAUACCAAGGCUCAAAAUAUCGACCAGUGGCUUCAGAGAAUUCCCUCACCAGAGUCCACCACUUCGGAGAACAGUUUCGCCAUGGAAAAGUCACAUUCUGUUUACACUACACCAGUUCCGCAUGAUCCUCAACCGCAAGAACCCCAGUCUAGGUCCUGGCUUUGGGACUAUGUACACCGUGUCUGUGGAACCAGUGGGCUGCUUCUUCACCGAGAGUGA